CUCCUCUUGCAUCAUGUACAUGCGGUGCAGUCAACACCAAGCAGGGUAGCUCUUGUCCCUCAGUCUUGCCCCACUCGAUGGAGGUGUCCAGAUCUCGGGCAGACGCCAUACACUGAGGUACCGGUGCACACACACACACACACUUUCUCUCUCUCUCUCUCUCUCUCUCACUCAGCUCGGCAUAGGUCCCGCUCCGCGUCACAAGAAGGGAAAAAAGAAACAGGAGGAAGCGCGUGAAGGGUGUGGCGUGUGCCGAUAAUCGAGGCUUUGCUGGGCUGGUUGACCAGAUCUCUGGUGUGUCUCCUGCCUGCGCUCCUGUUCGUGUCGAGGUCCCUUUUUAAAGCAGAGUGCUUCCCGUCCUUUUUUUUUUUUUUUUUGGUUUUAUUGAUCAACAAACCUGCGUCGACCCCGAGAGCUCUACAUUUUCAUCUUUUUGCCUCCUUUCUAUAGAAUCUCUUUUCAAUUACACGAGACCAUACUUACUGCUCUAUCUCCACUUGACUGUGUGUGUUAAAAGGAAGCUCUGUUCUCAAGUGGAAGCCCCUCGUUGCACAUCGCCCAUCAUGGAGCCUCCUCAAUCCACGGCACCACCUCAACUUCUUGACCACUACGUCGGCAUUGACGUCGGCACUGGAUCGGCCAGAGCAUGCAUCAUCGAUGAGACGGGCGACAUCAAGGGUCUCGCCAGCGAGCCCAUCAAGUUGUGGCAGCCCGAAACCGGAUACUAUGAGCAAUCGACUUCGGACAUUUGGGCGUGCAUCUGCCUCUGCGUGAAGCAGGUCCUCAGCGAAUCGAAAGUCGACCCGGACAAGAUCAAGGGUAUCGGCUUCGACGCCACCUGUUCCCUUGCCGUCUUCAGUCACGACACGGACGAGCCCGUCGCCGUUACGGGACCCGACUUUGACAACGCCGACGGUUACGACCGCAACGUCAUCCUCUGGCUCGAUCACCGCCCGGUCGAGGAGACGGAAAAGAUUAACGCCACUAAGCAUAACCUGCUCAAGUACGUCGGCGGUACCAUGAGCAUCGAGAUGGAGAUUCCCAAGGUCCUCUGGCUCAAGAACAACAUGCCCAAGGAGCUUUUUGACCGCUGCAAGUUCUACGACCUCGCAGACGCCCUCACCCACAUGGCCACCGGCAAUGAGACCCGGAGCUUCUGUAGCACCGUCUGCAAGCAGGGCUACGUCCCGGUCGGCGUCGACGGCAGCGUCAAAGGCUGGCAGGAGGACUUUCUGACGACCAUUGGGCUCGAGGACCUUGUCAAGGACGACUUCAAGCGUCUUGGUGGCGUCAACGGGGUGAACGGAAAAUACCAGAGCGCCGGGGAGCUUGUCGGCGUGCUCUGCAAGAAGGCUGCCAGCGAUCUAGGGCUUCCCGAGGGCAUCGCCGUUGGUGGUGGUGUGAUCGACGCCUACGCUGGCUGGAUUGGCACGGUCGGGGCCAAGGUCGAGCUACCCCCGGGGCACCUGGAGGCGGACCAGCCCAAGAACGACCUCUCGCAGGCGUUCCAUAGACUCGCAGCAGUCGCCGGCACCUCGACGUGCCACUUGGCUAUGUCCAGGGACGCCGUCUUUGUGCCUGGCGUCUGGGGCCCCUACCGCGACGUCCUGCUGCCCGAUUUCUGGAUGGCCGAGGGCGGCCAGUCUGCCACGGGCGAGCUCCUCCGACACAUUCUCGAAAUCCACCCUGCCUUUGUCGAGACGAACGCGCUUGCGACGGCCGAGUCGAAGAAUAUCUACGAGUUCCUCAACGCGCACCUGGAAUACAUGCGGGAGAAAAGCGGCGCGCCCUCGAUCUCAUACCUAGGCCGCCACUUCUUCCUAUACGGCGACCUGUGGGGCAACCGGUCGCCCGUGGCAGACCCCAACAUGAAGGGCGCCGUUGUCGGGCUGAGCAGCGACAAGACGACGGACAAUCUGGCGAUGUGGUACUACGGCACAAUGGAGUUCAUCGCGAUGCAGACGCGGCAGAUCGUCGAGGCGAUGAACACGGCGGGCCACGAGCUCAACACCAUCUUCAUGUCCGGCAGCCAGUGCCAGAACCCCCUGCUCAUGGACCUCAUGGCCACCAUCUGCGACAUGCCGGUGCUGGUACCGCGGUACACCAACGCGGCGGUCGUCCACGGUGCGGCCAUGCUGGGCGCCAAGGCGGCGACGGCGAACGAGGACGGGUCGACGGAGGACCUGUGGUCCAUCAUGGACCGCAUGAGUAAGCCCGGCAGGCUCGUCAAGCCGGGCACGCUCAAGGGCGAGAAAUUUCUGUUCGACGCCAAGUACAAGGUGUUUCUGGACCAGUGCAAAACGCAGCAGGAGUACAGGAAGCAGGUUGACGACGCUGUGGACCAGUGGCUUAAGAACUGAAGCG